CGAAACCUAGUUGAGCGCCAGUUCAGAGAUUGUAAGCGAACCAAAAUGAAGGUUUUCGUUGUUUUGGCGGUUGUAGGUCUCUUUUGGAGCGCUUCAGCACUACCAAAUCAACCUAGAGAUGAGGACUGCAAAGCUGUAAUUUCGAGUGCGGCCUAUGACGGUGAUAUGCAAAUUAUAGUUUCAUUUACGCCUAAGGCAGAUUGUUCCGCUGCAGGCUAUAAAGUAAAGUAUACGAUUGGGGGCGAAGACGGUAGUGUCAAUGCAAUGCCUGGAGCUUCAUUGGGAAUCAUUGCAUUAGAUGCUAAGUUAUUUUGCGAAGACGUUACAAUAACUAUUAUAGCCAUUGGUGCAGACGGUACUGAUAUUGUAGAAUCAGAAUCAGACCCCGAAACAGUUAUCAGAUAUAUGCCUGAGAUAGAAGUAAUCGACACAAAACAAGAAGGCACAACUCUUACUAUUACUUAUGAGAAAAUUGAUACAGCUUACAUAGAUACUUGUGGUGCUACAUUCAAAGUAAGCAUCGCAGAAGCGUCGGGACCAGUGGAUUGUGAGAACGGAGAGUGCAACUUAGAUCUCGAAGCCUUAGGAUUAAUGGCAUGCACUAAUUAUAUUGCAACAAUUGUAACUGAAGCCAAUAAUCUUAAGGGACAGUCUGUAGAUGUACCUUUCAAUUACAAACCUAAAGGAGUUGAUAACGUCGAUAUAGUAUCAGAUGAAAUCGGAAUAAUUUUUACACCCUUAGCAGAAGACGAUAUUUCAUCUAGUUGUAUAACUCCUGGUGCAGUAAUCCAAUACAAAAUCAUUGAAGAGCCGGGAACGUGUUUCAAGAACAGUUACACCGUAUUCCCUGUAAUGGGAGAGAACGAAGGACAAGGCAAGGAAAUAGAAAUCCAAAAUAAACCGACCGCAGUCGAAGAUCUCGCUGCUCAAAUUUCCAGCGGUUACGUCGUCUUAAAAUGGAACCCUCCAUCCGACGGCGAAUCUUGUAAUUUGGUGUACAAGGGCGAAGACAAAGACAAUAAUGUACUCUUUAGCGAUACUCACAUCACUACGGCAAGUGUUGCUGUAAGCGACCUGCACAUAGAAGAUUGUAAAUCGACAACAAUUUCGAUUUAUGCUCAAAUAGAACAAGAAAAUGACUCAUUAUUGGACGGUUCUCCCGCUAAAAUAGAAAUCCCAGGGCGUGUGGAGAAAGUAACAAGUUUAGAUUGCAAACACGAAAAUGACGAAGUUUCUUGUUCAUGGGUAAUGCCGGAACAAUGUGACGGAAGUGAUUUAGAAUAUAACUUAACUUAUUACGAUGGAGUAAGUGUUCAUAGCGAGAAAAUUAAGGAACUUACUCAUACCUACAAAAUGAAUUGUAAUACGGCAUCGUGGUUCAUUGUAACCCCAGUUUAUAAAACUAUUAGUGUCGGAGAAAUUACCGAAUUUGAAGUUCCAACAUGUUAAGAAGAAGCUUUUAAAUAAUAAAUAAGCUAAUGUAAAUGUAAUAAAAAUAAAGUUAUGUUAUCUA